UGUCAACAUGAGUUGUUUUGCUGACAUACAGUGCGUUUGUGAGAAAAAGUAAGUUCAGUGUCAAGAAAAUGUUUACAGUGUGGAAAGCACUUGAAGUAUGGGCUCAAACUCAGAAUGAACGAACAAUAAAGAUGAGGUACUUAAAUGAUACUCCCACAUAACCAGAAUUUUUGUCACCCGAACUGUCAUUGUUUUGAAAUGUGAACGGUAUGUAGUCGUUACAAAAGAUGCUAAAAUGUCGCUCUCCAGGCUACAAAAUAUUAUUUACAAACCCGGUGACUCUUACAAGAAGUCUCAUUACCAUACGAUGAUGAAUUCAUUGUUAAGAAUCGUUAGUCAUGUUUCUAAAGUGCAUCAACAAAGUUGUUGUCAAUUGUAAACAAAGGACGAAAUGACUUUCGUUAUCGAGGAAAGGCUUUGUUUGUGGCUUUUGCUGCUUUUAUUGAUUGGAGCAAGAGAAUUUAAUUGUUUCCAGAACGUAUCAGUUUGUGGAACAUUAUGUCGAUGUUCGAAACUCCAUGUGCAAGUACCUCCAUUCACAACGGAAGACGGCCUGAAGCUGAAAUGUGGCGGUGAAACAAGGAUAUCUUCCCUAGGAGAGCUUCGGUUCGAUAACAUCUUUAGCAAAAUCAUUCAACUGAAUCUCUCAGGAAAUGAUAUAACGGAAAUACCAUCUGGAAUUUUUUCAACUCUUCAAAAUUUGCAGAAACUGGAUCUGAGCCGCAACUUCAUUUUUAAAGUGGAAAGUGGAGCAUUCAUGAAUUUAACUAACUUGAAACGUUUAGAUUUGUCUGCAAACAGACUAGGGAGAAUUGACUACACUGUUUUUGAUGGACUUGAAAAUUUAGAGAAGUUGAAACUUAAUCAGAACCGCCUAAUGAGGAUACGUGAGGGGACAUUUGAUAACUUAUUUGCCUUAAAGCAGUUGGACAUCUCGGACAAUCCGUUACACUGUGACUGCCAAAUGAGCUGGAUUUUGACAUGGGCUCAGAAUAUGUCAGUGAAGAUUUCACCAAUGGCCAAAUGUGAUUCACCAGGAUCAUUAAAAGGCCAUUUACUACGAAAACUUCAGCCAGACACAGACUUUCCUUGUGAUGUUCAGUCAUCGGAUCUUCUUGAAUUGCAACCUUCUCAUGAUCAGGUUGUAUUUGAAGGAGACUCCUUGCAACUACGAUGUCGUGCUCCCAGCAUCACCCAAGACAGAGGUGUCACUUUUAUUACUUGGAUCAAGGAAAGUACUACUACAUCAAAUACAGACUCUCUUAUAGAAAGCAGCAUGUUGCAGGAUUCGGGUCUUGUUGAAAGCUCACUUGACAUUCAACACCUGUCUCAAGAACAUAGUGGACAAUGGAACUGCAUUUUGGUGUCCGAUCAAGGAAAUCAGACACAAGCAAUUACUUUAAUUGUAAUAUCAAAAGAAACUAAAUACUGCCCCCAGACAGUAACAUCUAACAACAAAGGGGUGUACAUAUGGCCCAAAACUGUUGUGGGUCAUACAGUAGUAGUAGACUGUCAGGGAGAGCAGAUCAAGGGCCAUGGAAGUGGACCUCAGCAAGCACACCACAACUGCACCAUUGAUGGGCAGUGGGAUGCCCUCGAUACUUCUGCUUGUCCAUAUACUAGCCACAUCACUAAUGUGCUUGAGCAAUUUUCAAAGGCAAAUCUGAGUCUUCCAAAAACCGGUAUACUGGAGAGUGCAAGAAGACUCCGGAAUUUUACAGGGGAUGGUAGACAGCUGAAAGAUAAAAUGGACAUAGUCUUUAUUUCCAGAACUAUUAACAACUAUCUUAGCUAUGUCCCCAAGGAGAAAGAAUUAGGAGCGGUGUUGCUUGAUAUAGUGAGCUCCUUGAUGAACCUACCAAAACCACUAAUGGCAGCAGCUCAGGUGGAAAAUGGAACAUGCACAAAUUUGGUUUCUGCCGUAGAGGUUCUAGCAGAAUCAGUUCCAAUGCCUUCCCAUAAGUCAAAUCUUGCUGUAGAAAAAUUUCCUUUCAAGAAAGAAGAUUUCCCUGGUAUGACUUGUCGUUGGUAUGACCACAGUGGAAAAGUUCCUAAUCGACUUUUUAUUUGUUCAACGAGCAACAGCACAAGCUUUUUGGAAUCCAAGGUGAUCGAAGCUUCUGUUCAGGUUCCCAGUACACUCUUUUACCAGCUGGAAAAACAAGGACACUCAGUUACAUCAUCCAGGCAGCUACUUGUGUCCGUCUUCGAAAAUAACUGGCUUUUCCCUAGCAUACCAUUCAAUUCGUCUCGCCCAGAAAGAGAUAUUACAUCAUGUGUCAUUGGUGCCAAAUUAGCGGGAAUAGAGGUGGCAAAUUUAACAGAACCUGUUUAUGUAAUGCUACGUGCACCCUUGACUGGAGAUUCUCCCAAACCAGCAUGGUGGAACCCUCACAUGAAUGAAGGAGCUGGUGGCUGGUCUACAAAGGGCUGCCAGCUAUCACACCUUCUGCACGGCCUCCUUGUCUUCCAGUGUGAUCGUCUCGGGUACUUUGGACUGUUGCAGAAGACUGACAAUGCAUAUGAUAGUGUGGACAGACUUCCAGGAGCCAAAUUUCGAUAUUCACAUCCCACAAUAUAUUUUGGAAGCUUUGUGAAUGUAAUCUGCUUAGUGACAACAAUUGUGACUUAUAUUGUUUGCCAUGAGUCAAUCCAGAUGUCAAAAAAAUCCAAGCAUUCCCUUGUAAAUACAUGGAUAGCUAUGGCUGUUCUUUGCUUUCUGUUCAGCAUAGGCAUCUAUCAAACUGAAGACAUCAAAAUCUGUCAAAGUGUAGGCUUGUUGCUACACUAUCUUACUCUGUGCUCAUUGCUGUGGAUGGCUGUCAGUAUAAGUCACAUCCACAAGCGUCUGUCCCGCUCUCCAGAAACAACAGACACAGUUAAUGCAGCUGACGAUGAUGGAUUGCCGUCAGAGGGACCAGUGCCAGAGCCAUUGCUGGGCCUUUACUUGGUUGGAUGGGGCGUUGCACUCAUAGUGUGCGGCAUUUCGGGUGCUGUAAAUCUACGAGAAUACGCUGGACGGCGUCGCUGUUUCCUCUCAGGUGGACCAGCCCUAGGGGCAGUAGCUGUGCCAUGCUGUGCUUUGGUGUUGUUGCUGGCUGUCUUGUUGGCUUUGGCUGCAAGGGCAGCAUCUGCUCGCACAGUAGACAGUGAUCCUGGUGAAGGCACUCAAGCGACUGAGAAUCUUGACUUAGAGACACUAACACCUCCACCUCCAGCAGCUGCUGACAGGGACAGUUAUCACAGUGAAGAUACAAGCGAGGCAGAAGAUGGUGAACGUCCUCCUGCAGCCCAAGUGCGUGCACACGCAGUGACACUUGUACUGUUUUUAAUUGCGUGGGGAUCUGCUGCUGCUGCAACUGUCCACCCUAUUCCUGGAUUUCUGCGACAAGAAGCCUUGUUUGGCACACUGUUUGGGUUUUCAGCAGCUGCUCUCGGAUUAUUUGUUGCCACGUUUUAUUGUGUUGGUCGUCGUGAUGUACGUACGUGCUGGGCUGAGCUCAGAUAUGGCGAAGUUGUGGGACAGGCAGAUGUGGGGCGCAGAAAUACUUCCACUCACUGUUGUCGAACCCGCUCAGUUUCUGAUACUGCUCCAGUGCCUGUCCCGCAAGCAACACUCACCAGUGUGUCAGCAGCCACACCAGUUCCAAAAAUAAUAGAAGCCAAUGGUGUUGCUGCACAGACUCUUGCUCGAACAGACAACAAGCGAGGAUUGGCAAGUGUCAAUGUCGUCUUAUUGCCAAGGCAGCCUGCCCAAUAUGUUAUAGCAGCCGGAGCAGCAAGUGAUCCUCCAGGUGGCAUUAAUGAAAAUGCUGAGAUGUUCUACAAUCCACGUCAGAGCACUGUAGCGAGAAAGUUUUUUCGGAAACAGCGCCGCCAUGCUGCAGGAUUGGCAGCCCGCAGGUCUGCAGGUGCCGGGGUGGCCAGUGAUACUGAUACAAGGGCUGAGAGUGCUGUUUUCCUAUCAUCUGACAUGGAGAAUGCAAGUAGCAAUGUUGCAGCCAGUCUGCCACGCAUUGACUACUCAUGGCCAACUGCCCAUUCUAAACGACAACGUACCACAGCCACCAAUGGUGCUCUUAGUGCAAGCAGUGAUGAGUAUGGAGUGGGUGACCGCCUGGGACCUCCACUUGAGAGACUAGUGAUAGGUGCAGAAGAAGCAGCCAUGCAAGGACAAGUUGAUGACGCUGGACCAAGUGAAGCUACCUGCUCCCAAACUCGAGCGGGUAUUUGUCCAGUGCCAGAAGUGGAGGAGCCAACAGCAUCUUCAGCUGCUGAUCUCAGUGAAUCAGUAGAUGAUGAUAUGCAUAGACAUUGUAAAUCACCAGGCAGUACUCAGGAUAACGCUUCUGUGUCUGGUGGUGAAUCGCUUAUAUGUGGAACUGGCAGUGGACCGCUUGGUGCAGCAUUUGACACUGAUGAUUGCAGGACUGAUGGUGAACGCUCAAGUUGGAGGGAAGAAGAAUCAGAGCUGGGCUCUGAAACAGUGCCCGAGAGUAGCACACAUCUCACAGACAGUAUGGAUUCAGUUUCAGUGUCUGUUUCCGCAUCUGUCUCUGACAUUCUACGUUUGACUGUUUCUGUUCCUACUGAGACUGAAUUUGAUCCCAGCAGUUAUAUUUCUCAUGGGAAGGAACAACAUUGUAGGCAUUUCAGUGAUGACAGUACAGUAAGAGAUUCAUUAGCCAUUGUACCUAUUGUAACAAAUGGAGACAGAGACUCCUUAAUGGGAAUAGCAGCUGGACUGGAGACUUUGUGUUGCAAUGGUGAUGAGAGUACAGAUUUUGAUGAUCAACUUGUAAAUAAAAAAGAGACUAGUGUGUAAGGAUGAAAGCACCUGUAGAGACCCUUGAUGGCCUUAACUGAAUAUCUUCACAUUAGUGUACCAUUGGUAUGUAGGGCAAACAUCGCAAAUUAGGUGUCCUUAAAUAAAAAUAGUAGACAGUCAAACAAAACUUCCUGCAUGUAAACUUACACUGUCAUUUACAAAGUUACAGAAGUUUUCUGACAAAUAUUUGUUUUCCAAAUUAAAAUAAUUUUAAAGAAAUAGUGCCAUCAUGCAUAUAUAAUCUUGAGCUGCUUAUGAUAUAGUAUGGCUCUUAAUAUCUGACAAAAAUGCACAGUUUAUCAAAUGUUCCAGAGAGCUUUGUGGCUAGUUCCUAGCUCAUAGAGAUGACAGUCACUCAUUCACUGAUAUGAAAGUGUGCAUCUAUUAAUUAUGCCAAGAGAUUGAAACUGCAGUCAAAAUUUAAAUGAAAUAGUACAAAAUAUUUACAAUUUAUUUGUGUCAUUUUUUUAACAUACAAAAAUGCCCACACAUAUGUAGAAAGCAUGUCAACAGUCUUUUAACAUUUUACAUAUAAAAUUUCAGCACAAUGAAAUACGUACCUGAAGGCUCAUACAGAGCCUGUGUGUCACCUGCCCUGCAAUUAUCGAUACUGUUGCAAGUGUGUGUGUGAGUGUAUCAAGUUUUUCUGUAUUGAAGUAAGUGUGGCAUGUCUUGCCUUUGUUAUUCUGAUGUUUAUAUAAUUUUGAUAGAUGAUGAAGCUGUCAUUUAUAUGAAAUACAUCGUAUGAACUGAAUUGUACAGAGUAAGUUAUGCACAAUCAUGUACAAAAUAUCGCUGACUGAAAAUAUUACUUAUGGUGUAAUACUGUAAUUUAUUCUGUUAUUAGAAAUGAGUUUGUAAUGUAAAAUUUUUUACUUUGCCAGAGAGAUUUUUUGAUAAACAGCUGUGAUGAGUGGCAUAAAAUGUUA